CAUGGUGAAAGUCUCUGGAUUCAUCAGAACCCGUCUCUUCGUCUCUUCGCUGGUGACGACGUCAUCGUUUUUCUCCUCCCGGUUGUUGUUUCAGACGAGGAUCUGCAGCAGGAUCCAGAUUUCCCCGCAGAGCAGAACUCCCGUUGACUCUUCCGACGAUGGAGGAAGAUUUCCAGGAGUCUGCUGUGAACUAUGACCACCGGUGCUCUGACGCUGAGGUGACAAAUGAAGUCCAAGAACUGGACCGAGUGUUCCAGGAUCAACAGAACCACCAGAACCCUGAGGGUCCUCACUCUGAUCCAGAUCAAGUCCAACAUCAGGUCAAAGAUCAGACACCAGCGGAUCCACCAGAGGUUCAGGUGGAGGACCAGGUGGAGGACCAGGUGGGGGACCAGGUGGAGAACCAAGUGAAGGUUCAGGUGGAGGACCAGCUGAAGGUUCAGGUGGAGGACCAAGUGAAGGUUCAGGUGGAGGACCAGGUGAAGGUUCAGGUGGGGGACCAAGUGAAGGUUCAGGUGGGGGACCAGGUGGAGGACCAGGUGAAGGUUCAGGUGGGGGACCAAGUGAAGGUUCAGGUGGAGGACCAGGUGGAGGACCAGGUGAAGGUUCAGGUGGGGGACCAAGUGAAGGUUCAGGUGGAGGACCAGGUGAAGGUUCAGGUGGGGGACCAAUUGAAGGUUCAGGUGGGGGACCAGGUGGAGGACCAGGUGAAGGUUCAGGUGGGGGACCAAGUGAAGGUUCAGGUGGAGGACCAGGUGAAGGUUCAGGUGGGGGACCAAGUGAAGGUUCAGGUGGAGGACCAAGUGAAGGUUCAGGUGGAGGACCACGUGAAGGUUCAGGUGGGGGACCACGUGAAGGUUCAGGUGGGGGACCAAGUGAAAGUUCAGGUGGGGGACCAGGUGGAGGACCAGGUGAAGGUUCAGGUGGGGGACCAAGUGAAGGUUCAGGUGGAGGACCAGGUGAAGGUUCAGGUGGGGGACCAAGUGAAGGUUCAGGUGGAGGACCAAGUGAAAGUUCAGGUGGGGGACCAAGUGAAAGUUCAGGUGGGGGACCAGGUGGAGGACCAGGUGGAGGACCAGGUGAAGGUUCAGGUGGGGGACCAGGUGGAGAACCAGGUGGAGAACCAGGUAGAGGAACAGGUAGAGGACCAGGGUGCGCCUGACGUCCAUGAUGGUCCUGAGCUCGGAGGAGGAGGAGGUGUAGCUGAGUCUGAUCUGAGUCCAGUCCACCCGCACCAGGACCAGGACCAGGACCAGGACCAGACACCUGCAGCAGCAGCUGAUCAGGAUGGAUCUGGGGAGUCGGGCGGCGGCGUCCCGGCGCUGGUCGUCACUCAGGCGGAGAGUCCGGCGGCGCCCCAGGUGGGUCCAGGUGAACCUCCAGACCCCGACGGAGGAGACAUGAGCUGCAGCGACCUGCUGUCACUCAGGAGCGACUCCCGCAGGAGUGAAGACGACGACACCAGGAGUGUGACCACCUCCUCCGUCAUGUCUCUGUUCCCCAGGCAGCAGCUGGACCCUCUGGAGAAGGCCUGGUGGAGGAGCUCCGCUCUGGGCCUCAUCGUGGCUCAGAGGCAGCUGCUCGCUCAGGAGCCCGCCCUCGUCCUGAAGAAGGACUUCAUCACUGGGUUUACUGCACUCCACUGGGCAGCGAAGCAGGGCCGUCAGGAAGUGGUGGACAUGAUGCUUCGCUCCGGAGCCGACGUCAACGUCAAAUCGCACGGGGGUUACACAGCUCUUCACCUCGCCUCCAUCCACGGACACCGACACGUCGUCCACGCCCUCGUCAACACCUACAAUGCUAAAACCAGCGUCAGAGAUUAUCACGGGAAGACGGCGCCUCACUACUGGAGCGGCGGCAGCGACGUCUUCGCUAGAGAAGAUUCUCAGUCAGGUGCGAGGUUGUCUCGAGGACGGCGGACGCAGCGUUACGUUCUGCCCUCGCUGCUGCUGACACGCUCUCGCAGUCACGGUCAACUGCACCUGGAGUUCGUGACGGCGCCUCAGUCGACCUCGCACGACGUGUUAAACCUCCACGUCUGAGGUCUCACUCCGGGCAUCAGGUCAUCGUCCAGCUCCACGUCAGUCGUCAACCACAGGAAGCUGCUGAGACAUUAUGUAUUAAGAUUAGUCAUGAUGAACAUAUUCUAUUGAAGUGUGUGUGUGUGUGUGUGUGUGUGUGUGUUGUACAGUAUAUUGA